AUGAUGAUCUCGUCGUCCCGGCUCCUCGUACUCGUCCUGCUGGCAUGUUGUGUGCUCCUGGUUCUGCUCUCGGCCGGAACAAUGGACCAGCCUGCGAGGCGGCUCCUCGACUCCCAGAGCCUGGCAGAACGCACCCUAGCUCAGGCCAAGAGGGCCGCGUCCUUCCUCCCAGCUGUUCCAAAUCUGGUCAAGCCGGCGACUUUGGUUUGGCAUUUCCUGAUCGACGUUUUGCUUCUUCUCGCCAUCGAGACGGCAAGUGCGCCGCUGUUCGCCCUUCUCUGGGCUGUGUUACUUUGUUUGCCGGCGGCAGGAUGUCGAUGCGGGGCGGAAUCAUACGUUAAAGUCGUCCUGGUUCUGAGUGGGCUCUCAGCUCUGGAAGUUGCAGUGUUCGCAUCGGUUUGGGCCGAAGCGAAGAUGGGGAUUUCUUUGCCGAAGGACUGGAGACAGCUGGCAAGCUGCCUGCACUUGUUGGACCGACCUGAGCACGCACUUCCCUCGCAUGCCGGGAGCCAGCUUAGCAAAAGCGAGCAGGAGCAGAGGUUUGACUACUAUGUGUCAUCGAUCUUCUGGCUGAUCUUCGCCUUCUUUGUGCUUGGGGAGCUGCUGACGCGCCUUGGAAGGGAGGGCCGCAGGCUGGCCGCCUGGAUGCGGUCUGAGCCGCCGCCCAGCUUCACCCCACUGCGAGUUCAUGGGCACCAAAACGAAGACAACGAACAUGGUCAAGGCUUACUCCCACAGCCAGUUCAUGGGCACAAAAACGAAGAAAACGAACUUGGUCAAGGCUUCUGUUGGCACCGCGUCUUCUGGCAGCUGGCCCUGCACAUCUUCUGCGCCACCUUGGCAUUGUUAUCUUCAGCCACAGGUCGCCUGGAUGCCCAUGACGGCCUAUGCUGGGAGGUCUACGAGUUCUGGGUGCUGAUUAUGCUGCUGAUCUAUGUUCUCCAAGCCGUUGGCCUUGUGCUCUGCCUUCCCAACGACUGUGAGGUGCCCUCGCUGGGCUACCCAAUCGUUCAGGCGGUGCUGCCGAUCCUCGGGGAGCCCCUCGAUGUGUUCAAGGACUGGCUCUUCAUUGGGCUGGCGGUGGCCACGCAGUCGUACUUCGGCUACAUUUUGGCUGCAUUGGGCGUGCUGGUGCUCUUCAUUUCAGGUGCCUACAUGCAAGCUUUCCACGCGAAUGACCUUCUGAAGCAGCUGUCCCCGGUGCAAGCCAUCCUGCACACUUACAGAAGACCUACCCCAAGCAUUGCUGCAGUCCGUUUUCGUGAUCGCGUAUGGCGGCUCCACGAUGCAGUUUCUCUUCAUCGGGGUGAGCUGCAUAAAAAUUAUCGCCUGCCUUGGUCUUCGAGCAGCCGCGCUGGAGAACGAGCAGCGCCACGCAGAGGCGUGGGAGGCCCGGGCCCGCUUCCUGAAGCUGAAGCUCUGCCUCUUCCAGACCAUCCUCAGCCCAGAGCACUCGUGGGCGCUCAGUGCGCACGGAAACAUGGCAAGCACUCUCCAGGACAUGGGCAGGUUUGA